AUGACGGGCCAUGAUAUUCCAUACGUAGCUUCUUCGGAAAAGCCAAAUCCGGUCAGCGAUUUGACUUUCUGGUUAGAUCACGUGAAUCUUCCAAAGUUGGUUGGAGCAGCGGCUCUGGGAAGGAAUCAAGGUAUCGUGGAUAACCCGCAUACUACUCUCACUGCUGCUGGAGACGUAGAUGCUUGGACGAAGAUCACAGCUUUAAUCAAAUUUCCGACUGCUGAUUUCAAUAUUGUUACGCUUUGA